GAAGCACGAGGGCAUCGGCCGAGAGGAGGGAAGGCGAGAAGCCUUCUGUGCUCCUCGAGGAUGUCGCCGCUUCCUCGACGUCGACGACGACGUGGAUGUACGCGCUUCUCGAUGAGGGUGGGUUACUGGCAGAUAGCGGUGGUGCCGUGGAGAAUGACGUUGCGGUUGGCGAUGGCGCCUGCCUGAACCCCUGUGUAUUUCAUCAACAUCAGCAACAACAUUCUCAUUGUUAUCGUCAAGAGCAACCGCGGUUGCAACAAACGCAGCAACAAUACCGUCGACAUCAGGAGGAGGAGCUGGAGGACCUGCUGUGCUUUCGUGGACCACCAGAACAGGAAAUGGUGGCCCAAGAAAUGGCACAGAGUUAUACGCAGCUCCUCCACCCGGGUCAAGAGCCGCAAGAGUUCAUAUCGUUGGAGGAGCUUCAGCCGCGUUUACAUCAAGAUCAUCUUAACGAUCGUGGACAGGUCAUCUUGACGAUAUCAUCGACCGGUGCUCAGCUCUAUCAGCAUCCGCAUCAACAACAGCAACGGAGUUACUAUAACCUUUCGGCGGUGCAAGAAAGUUCGUGUCCCACAGUUUAUUUCGGCGACAUAGGAACGGGAUCGGGGGUGGGAGAAGUAACCGCCAGCUCGGCGGGGGAUGGCGAAGGUCUCAGCCUGACUCCAACCCCCGCCAACAACAGCAACAACACAACUACCGCCACCCCCAACACCACCGGCGCUACCACCAUUGCGAUUACCACAACCACCACCACCAGCACCGACACCACGCCGCAGGUCGUAACGGGGGCUGAACCGCCCCAGCACAUGGAGACACCCCCGACGAUGGUCCCUGACCAGGCACCCGCCUCCGGCCAUCACUAUCAUCGUCACCACCAUCAUCAUCAUCACCACCACCAUCAUCAUCAGCAGCAACAGCGUAGCGCUUCAUCCACACCCAACCAUGGACCGAACACAGACACUUCCGAGGAAUUCGUACCAGAUUCUAGGAAGCGAAAACUUUCUUGCCACGACAGUAGUAAUUUAUUGGACGACGUGGGAGACGAUGCCAAAUCUGUUCGCACAAAUGACGACAGCAAAAAACAAAACCACAGCGAAAUCGAGAAAAGAAGAAGGGAUAAAAUGAACACGUACAUCACAGAACUUUCAGCGAUGGUACCAAUGUGCCAUGCAAUGUCCCGCAAACUUGACAAAUUAACUGUGCUCAGAAUGGCUGUGCAACACAUCAAAACCAUCCUCGGUGCCGUCACUUCCUAUACGGAGGGUCAUUAUAAGCCAGCAUUCCUGAGCGAUCAGGAGCUCAAGACUCUCAUACUUCAAGCUGCGGAGGGUUUUGUCUUCGUGGUGGGCUGUGAUCGUGGAAGAAUUCUCUAUGUAUCCGAGUCUGUUUUGCAGACACUCAAUUAUUCUCAGGGUGACCUACUGGGUCAAAGUUGGUUCGAUAUCUUGCACCCGAAAGAUGUUGCCAAGGUGAAGGAACAACUUUCCUCUUCGGAUCUUAGUCCACGUGAAAGAUUAAUAGACGCCAAAACAAUGUUACCAGUGAAAACAGAUGUGCCACAGGGUGUAUCGAGACUGUGCCCGGGCGCUCGAAGGUCUUUCUUCUGCAGAAUGAAACGAAAAGUCGAUGGAAUUCGUUGCGGUGAAUUGCAAGUGAAAGAAGAAGCUGAUACUACCAGCGGUUGUCAUAGACGCAAAAAACAACAAAACGUUGAUUGGAAAUACUGCGUCAUUCAAUGUACCGGCUACUUAAAAUCCUGGGCACCUGCGAAAAUCGAUCUGGAGGAACAAGAAGGCGAUGGCGACGGAGAGGCUUGCAAUCUAUCGUGUUUAGUUGCAGUUGGUCGUUUACAAUCAACUAUACCAACAUCUUUACCUAAGAAACCAAAUUUGAGGCCGAUCAAAUUUGUUUCGAGGCACGCGAUGGAUGGCAAAUUCCUUUUUGUCGAUCAAAGGGCCACUUUAGUGUUAGGUUUUCUACCACAAGAGCUGCUAGGUACGAGUAUGUACGAGUAUUAUCACCAUGAUGAUAUUCCUCAUCUUGCUAAAUCUCAUAAAGCUGCUCUUCAGGCUACUGAAUGCAUCACCACACAGAUAUACAGGUUUAGGACCAAGGGUGCCAGCUUCGUGAGACUUCAAUCUGAAUGGAAAUCUUUCAGAAAUCCGUGGACCAAAGAUAUCGAGUACCUAAUAGCUAAAAAUUCAGUUACUUCUUGUGACUCUCGAUCGAUCACAAACAGUGGGAACAGAUCUGAGGACUCCAGUGUUCAGGGCAACUACGAUUAUUUUACACAGAGUAAUGGUGGAUUAGAAAGAUUAAUCUCGAGUCACGUGGAGGUAAGUAAAAUCGGACGGCAAAUAGCGGAAGAGGUCCUGGAUCUUCAAAGACGGGGUGAAGAUUCUUCUUCCGGUAGCAGUCCUGGACCAGGACCGGAAUCUACCUUGUUGAAUACCGAGGUAGUUAUGUCACGGAUUACCACGACGGCAUCAUCACAGAGAGUCCAGGAUUUGACGCAGCCAACAAGAGGUAGCACCAACAACAGCACCGCUACCCCCGCCCCAACAUACAACCACAUUGCAAACAACUUGCAGCUGAACAGCAUCGCGAACGACCAAGGAACGUCACCAGACGAGGACAUGAUGGAUAUGAUCGGCGGCACCACGAUUAACGAAUCACCGAAUCCAGUGCCAUCGGAUGGUAACGACGAAGCAGCAAUGGCCGUGAUAAUGAGCCUUCUAGAGGCGGAUGCCGGCUUAGGUGGCCCCGUGGACUUUUCCGGUUUACCUUGGCCGCUUCCAUAGUACAUUCUUUUCCACGUAAAAACGUUUAGUGUCUCUGAACAUAUGUACCUACGGUUUAGAAGUGUGUGAGUGUACAUAUAGUUGUGCUUCAAGUACUCGACCAACGUGUUUGCACUUCUUAGUUUGUCGAACAUUCCAACGGAUCUUUCGUUACUUUCUUUUAAACGGCCGACGGCUGUUUGGUGCUGAAACGGUGCUGUUUCAACGAUACGUUUAGUUUUUUUAUAGACAUAUCAUUUCUGUGAUCAAUUACGGAAUAAACGUACAGAACGGUUAA